CAAACUUUUUCCAUAAAUAUCAAAAUACGAUCUUCAGAAACGGUGAGAGGAGAGAGAAAGGGCACGCAACAUACACCUUUAGAGAGAUUGUGUGUGUUUGUGUGUGUGUUUUAAGAGUCGAAAACCAGACCAGUCAUGGACUGAUGCACAGAUAGACGAGAAAGAAGAAAACCCAUUUGCUCAUCUCUCUCUAUUCUCCUUCCCGACCCCAUUUUGAUCGGACCCAACAUUCUCAUACAUCUGUAUUUCCAUUCAUAUAUAGAGAAGGAGAUUUAGAUUUACACACAUAUACCAUAGUUAGUACAUAUUUAUAUAAUAUAUUUCCUGUUUUAUAAUUCUUCUAAUGGAGAGGUACGGUCGGACAUCGUCUAUGGAAGGUACACAGUCUGAUCCGCCGGUGGAGUGGAGUUCUCAACCCGAAGAUACAGGUCUUGAAGAGCCUCUGUGGCAGUUAGGACUAUCAUCUGGAGGAGGAGGAGGCGGUGGCGGUGGUGGUGGUGAAUCUUAUCCUGAAUUCCCAGAAGAGCCUGAUUGUAUCUACUACUUGAGGACUGGUUUCUGUGGAUAUGGUGCUAGAUGUCGGUUCAACCAUCCUCGGGAUCGAAGUCUGAUGAUGAGUGGUCCGAUAAGAGCUGCAGGAGGAGGGAUGUAUCCAGAGCGAGUAGGCAGACCUGUUUGUCAGUAUUAUAUGAGAACGGGUAUGUGCAAAUUUGGGGCUUCAUGUAAGUAUCAUCAUCCACGACAGGGAGGUGGAACUAUUGGCUCUGUGACAUUCAACAUAGCUGGUUACCCUUUGAGACCGGGUGAAAAAGAGUGUUCUUACUAUGUGAAAACAGGGAAGUGUAAAUUUGGCGUAACUUGUAAAUUCCAUCAUCCUCAACCAUUUGGCUUACAGGGUCUACCAACAUCCGCUAAUCCAUUGCCUAUUCCAUCACAACCAGUUUAUCCAACAAUGCAGGCUCCAAUGGUUACUGGUAAUUGGCCUAUGGCAAGACCAACUCCAACUCUUCUUCCAGGUUCAUAUAUCCCAGGGGGUUACGGUCCUGUUAUGCUUCCUUCAGGAGUUGUUUCCUUCCAAAGCUUCUACCCCUACCAGACUCCUGUCAGUUCAUUAGCUUCCUCAAACAACCAAUCAACAGUUGGAGGUGCUCCUAUGUAUGGAGUAACAAAUUUUUCGCCUGGAAGUUAUUUAUCAUUGCCUUCUGCUGUCGAUCCAUCGAGCAGUGGACAGAACGAACAGGCACUGCCACAGAGACCUGGGCAACCGGAAUGUCAGUAUUACAUGAAAACUGGAGAGUGCAAAUUUGGAUUUUCGUGUAGAUACCAUCAUCCAUCAGAGAUGAACAUAGCAAAAGAAAGUGUUGUCCUUAGCUCUAUGGGACUUCCUUUACGCCCGGGUAUACCUAUUUGCAGCCACUAUGCUCAAAAUAAUGUAUGCAAAUUUGGGCCCUCAUGCAAAUUUGAUCACCCAAUGGGAAACAUAAGCUACAGCCCUUCUGCAUCAUCUCUGUCUGAUAUGCCUGUAGCCCCUUACCCCAUUGGAUCAUCAUCAAUGGGAACUUUGGCAUCAUCUUCAUCAUCAUCAGAUAUGAAACCAGAAACCCUUUCUGGAAUCAACAAGGAUACAACUGUACUUUCAUCGAGAUCAUCUCCUUCUACAAGCACUUCAACUGGGUCAACUACUACCAAUUUGAUAUUAUCUCAAAGUGGAUCCACUGCUCAAGCUUCUGAAUCUUCCCUAAUUCCAAGCAUUGGAAGUGAGGUUAAGACAUCAAACUAGCAGAUUUCGUUUUUGGUUCUUUUACUGGAGUCGUCAUGUUAUGGCUUUCACAAUUCGGAUCCAUCUAGGACAAGCAUAUAGACAAAAAGAACAUGAUGUUUUCUUCAUUUAAAAGCCAUAGACAACAACAACCAACCAUCAAAGGUCCUUCCAGAAAUAAUAACCAUGCUUAUGAAUAAUAACCAAAAGUUUUUACUUUCUGGAAUCUAGGAACAAACAAACUUCCAUUUCGAUGUAGGAAUAAAUAUGGUGUUCAUCGGGGUGCUCUCCUGUGCUAGCCUACUCCUGAGAAUAAAAACCUGGUCUAAAAAGAAAUAAAUUUAUAUACCCUCUUUUUUUUGCAGGGGUUUUAUUAAAGCAAGCUUAUUAUUAUUAUUAUUAUGGUUGAGUCUAUGAACAAUACUACUUUGUUGUUGUGAACAAAUUGGUUGAUAAAUUUGUCACUGGUUGUGAAUUGACAUUUUAUUUAUGAAAAGACAUCUUUAUUUAUUUA